AAAAUGGAGAAUGUCGCGAGAGGUUGGCUGUGGUUGUGUUGUAUUUUAUGUGCAAUCACCACAUCGCGGUCUAAUCGGAAGUACGAUGUGGAGCUUGAGGCUUUGAAACUGUAUAAAGAGGACAUCAGAACUGUGCUGCAUAAAUUUCGACGUUCAGCUGACUACCUCAAGAUCAUAGAUGCCAGUUUGCAACGCUAUUUACUGCAUACCGAAAACCUGGCAAUGUCAACACUGUUCUACUUCACCAAAAAACUUGAGGAGAAAGUCGCGGAGUUGAUGGGUUGUGACAAAAGGGCAACUGCAUACGACAUUGCUACGGAUAGAACCUCAACCAAGUAUUUGGCAAGGCGCCUCGGCCCAUUACGUCAAGACAACGAGGUACAAGACAACAAGCAUGUCUCAAACGUGAACCAGGUUGAACUUCUGGACCGGUAUAAGAAGCUGACAAGCAAGUUGACCGUACCGCAGAAGAAUGCAAUGAAGAAUUUGGGGUUUAUGUUUGCUGGGGACGUGAUUCACAAAAUCAUCCAGAAUCUGAGAGAGGCAGACGAGGAUCAAUUGGAAUCUACAAAGGGCCCUUCGGAUUAUGGGUACACGGUACAUGUACAGAGGCAUGAGGUAACAGCGAACGAAGGGGAAAGUACUACGCCAUAUGGCGGGGAUACCUACGCGCCUCCCGAUCUGGCGAGAACCGGUAGCGACGGAACCAUGGUAAGUAGGGCAGCCUCGGACAAACCGAAGAAUCCUUAUAAUUUUAGGGCUAGUAAUGGUAAUGAAACUACUACAAAAAAUAUUUAAUAAAUUAAUAUAU